GGCUAAAGACUUGUGUCGAGCGCUUUUGGCCUAAGGCGUCGUUGUUGUUGUAGAAGUUGUGGUGGCAGCAGCAGCAGCAGCAGCAUUCGCUCUUGCUUGCAUUGCCUUCGCUCGCUCCGAUCGGCAGGCAUCCCAAUCCCGCACGGCAUCUCUACCGUCGUCGUAGAGCUUCAUCAUGUCGGACGAUGCUGAAGAUCCCGUCGAUCCCAAGCCCGAAAUUGAGGAGAAUUGCAAACCCAAAUGCGUGAAACAGCUUCUCCAAUACCAGGCUUGUACCAAGCGGGUUGAAGACGAUGAUACGGGCUCAAAACAUUGUACCGGUCAAUACUUUGACUACUGGGGUUGCAUUGACAAAUGUGCUGCAACGAAGCUUUUUAACAAGCUGAAGUGACCCCAGAUUAGAAGUUUGUCAUGGAGCAGGCUCAAGAUGUCAUUGAUCUGACAACACUCUACGACGUUCGAGCAGAACAGAAUCACUUUGCAACACUUUGCCAUAUGUAAAAACUCCAGUUAGGUGCCAACUAACUGAGGAUGCUCAGCAGCGACUGUGGUAAUGUCGACACCGGUACAGAGAGUGGUGAGGAGCAGAGAAGUUUACAUUCCAUGCACUAUGUAGUCUCCGCAGAUUCUACUCUUUCCUUCACAUUUACUGCCGAAUGUAUCUCGAACUAGGGAACACAAUUGCGGCACGCUCCCCUACCGAUGUAUUUUGACUUACCACAGGUUCGGCAUAUCUCUCUCUCGGCAUAUUCUAGUCCUAUUCUAGUGGGGAACGACGUUCAAGCACAAUAUGGACUUUUGUGCAUUGACAAGGCCAAAUUCCUAACUUGUGGCUAUGUUCACAGAAGAAUCUAGUGGGUAGAAUGUGAUUCCAAGCACACACUGGAGAAUAAACUGGUUGAACUACUCCAACAAGUUCAUUCUUCAGUGUAUGCAGUUAGCAGUGAUACAUAUCACUAGAGCAUGGUUAGAGAGACUGCAAGGGGGUUAGUCAGAAUACUUAUUGACAUCACGCGGAUAAAUCUGUAGGAAGUGCAAGGCGCUGGAGAGUGAGAACAGUAACGAUUUAAUGCUAUGAGUUGAGAAACACGAUUUUGAGCUGUAUUUGAUGACAUGUGACUUGGAAUAUAUAUGAAAUUAAUCCAGCAGUUAAAU